CGUGACCAGCCUGGCAUAUACUACCAUGGAUAAAAAAAUUCUCACCAUCUCUAAUUGACGCAUAGUCAGACUGGUUACGAGUCUACCUGAAUCCCACGUUCAGACGCGGACCGCGUCCGUUCCGUACCAACCUAAUCUUGGGUGCCUUCUGACCUUAUCAGAUCCCCCUGACGUGAUCACUUUUCUUACGUUUACUUCUUCAACGCUGCGGCCACGCCCUUCCACAGCCGGACUAAGCGCCGAACCUCUUCAACUAACCAACCAACCAACCAAGACCGUGCAAAUGUCCCAUUCAGCAUCCCAGUGGGGUUUUCCUACCGCUUCUAGGCGAGCUCUUCUCAUUCAUGGCAUGACUAUGUGCUCGAAUUCCUGGGAGGGCAUCGCUCAGCUGCUGGUAGCAGAUGGUUUCUUCGUCAUAGCGCCGAACCUCCUUGGGCAUGGAGGGAGAGAGUGCACCAGCUAUCGGAUAUCCGACUUCGCAGAAGACCUUCAACCAUAUUUCGCCAUGGAUACGUCGUACGAUGUGAUCAUCGGUCAUUCUUUUGGAUGCCUAGUGACCUUGUCACUCUUGCCGUUCUUGCCCAAAACGAAAGAAACCACCAUGAUACUCGUCGAUUCCGCCCUCGAGCUUGAAGAAAAAAAGAUCAACAUUUUUCAGAAUAUGGUUUUAGACUGGACGGCGAAUGUCAGAACUACGGAAGAGCACAUGGCUGAGAACCCUGCUUGGUCACGACGUGACUGCGUGUUAAGAACGCUGGGAAUCGCAACGUUUGACACCAACACUGUCAAGGUUUUUCGGCAAAACACACCAUGGUCUUCCAAUGGGUUACUCAAAAACCUACCACCUCACGUCAAGAUCACCUUACUGGUAUCAAAUCCGGAGUCCAUCCCUCAUGACAUCGAGAGAAUAAAUACCAAAGUUCUUACCGGUAUCGGUCACUGGAUUCAAUACGAGUGUCCGGAUGCUAUUAUGGAUGCAAUUCCCCUACCAAGAGCAAAAUUUCAAUGGGGAUCCCCUACUGCAUGCAGGAGAGCACUCCUUAUACAUGGUUUAAAUUCUUCUUCGCACACGUUCCACCGUGUUGCAUCGGCGCUUGCAGCCAAAGGAUACUUGGUCGUUGCUCCAAACCUGCUUGGACAUGCUCUCAGGAAGCCUGGAGUAGACUUCCAAGUCCAGACAUUGGCAGACGAACUCUUGCCCUAUUUCCAGGCUGCUGAGUAUGAUAUCAUCAUUGGUCACUCAAUGGGCGCGCUCGUGGUAUUAUCGCUUCUCAAGUACCUGCCAAGAACCAAGCCUACUUCAGUGGUCCUCGUCGACCCAUCUCUGGAGUUGACCGCAGAGCAGAUGAUGGUCGCGAAGGUUAGGUUUUCCAACGAUGUCAGAACCAACCCUACUGCAGAAGAUUAUAUGGCAUUGAAUCCUCUAUGGACAAGAGAAGAUGCCAUUUGGAGAGUGUUGGGGACCCAUAUUGGAAGAUCAACGAACUCCGAUGAUCACAUCGAUGGCAACGCGCCAUGGUCAUUUUCGCAUCUGAUCGCCGACAAGCCUGCUGCUGCCGCAUUGACGAUUCUGGUCGCUGACCCUUCCAAGCUGGAAUGUGUCGCAAAAUUCAAAGACAUUAGAACAGUGAUCGUUUCGGAUGCCUCGCACUGGAUACAGUAUGAGUUCCCGGAAGUGAUUGUUGAAGAGGCACUGAGGAAUAUCGAAGAGUAGGACAACGAGCAGUAAAGGCUUACAUGAUGCUAAUAUAUGCACGGGGGCGUUUGCGUCCGCCACGUCAUGCUUUCAA